AAUGCAGUUUGGAUAAUGGAGGAGUAGGCGAAAGAGAGGGUAUCACUCUGCGUAGCAGAAGACAAGAGGGGGGAGAAGGAGGUUCAAUUCGAUUCGAGUUAAUCAAUGGCGGUUUCUUCAGUACUUCAUUGCUGUUUCCUUCUCUUACUAUUCACUUCUUCCUCAUUCUCUUCUAAGCAAAAGCUUUCUUCUUUCUCUUCGUUGCCCUAUGCCGAGAGUGGCUCAAGCUCAGUCCCUUAAAGCUCACAGUCUUCAAGUAGGGUUUUUGCCGCUCCUGAAGCUUUGGAAGCUCAAGAAACCCUUGAUGGACAGGUGGAAAAUUCUGAGGUCCCCCUCCCUUCAUCUAUCAGUUCGGAUGCAGAUAAGAUGGCGCCGAAGCAAAAGAUUAGAAUCAAGCUCAGGUCUUAUUGGGUGCCUCUGAUUGAGGACUCUUGCAAGCAGAUAAUGGAUGCUGCAAGAAACACCAACGCAAAGACUAUGGGUCCUGUGCCCUUGCCAACCAAGAAACGAAUCUAUUGUGUUCUCAAAUCCCCACAUGUACACAAGGAUGCGAGGUUUCAUUUUGAGAUUAGGACCCAUCAGCGACUGAUAGAUAUUUUAUACCCAACUGCUCAAACAAUUGAUUCUUUGAUGCAACUCGAUCUUCCUGCUGGCGUUGACGUGGAGGUCAAGCUCUGAACAAACAAUGUCAUAGCUUAGGUAAAUCUUUUGUAUUUCUGAAGUUGUUGACACAGCCUUCAGUUUGGACUUUGCUACAGUUUGUAAAUCUCCUGUUUAAUAGUUUUCUUUUGGAUUUCUGGCGAAUGAUAUUAGAGAAAAAGAGGAGAUACCUGCAAAUCUUGCUGUAUUUGCAACUUCUAUUUUGUGUACUAUGAGUUCAGUACCAUCACAAACGAACUUUUUGCAACUUAUUUAACCUCCAGAAGAAUUUAGGUUCGCUGUCUUAA